AUGAUGUCCUACGGAGAGAAGCUGGGGGGCCGGGCUGUCUCCCCACUCCCAGUUCGUGGGGGGCACAUGAUGCAUGGAGCGGCCUUUGCCUAUGUGCCCAGCCCACAGGUCUUGCACAGGAUUCCAGGGACCUCAGCCUACGGCUUCCCCAGCAUGGGCCCCGUGGCCCUCCCAGAGCGUGGCUGCCCCUACGGGGAGGUUGUGGAGCGCCACGACCCACUGCCUGCCAAGCUGGCCCUGGAGGAUGAGCGGAAGCCAGAACCUGGACUGGUCCAGAAACUGCGCCGGGCUGGCGUGACACUCCUCAAGGUUCCGCUGAUGCUUUCCUUCCUCUAUCUCUUCGUCUGCUCCCUGGAUGUGCUCAGCUCGGCUUUCCAGCUGGCUGGAGGGAAGGUGGCUGGCGACAUCUUCAAGGACAACGCCAUCCUGUCCAACCCGGUGGCGGGCCUGGUGGUGGGGAUCCUGGUGACUGUGCUGGUACAGAGCUCCAGCACCUCCACGUCCAUUGUGGUCAGCAUGGUUUCCUCUGGCUUGCUGGAGGUGAGCUCUGCCAUCCCCAUCAUCAUGGGCUCCAACAUCGGCACCUCCGUCACCAACACCAUCGUGGCCCUGAUGCAGGCAGGGGACAGAACUGACUUCCGGCGGGCUUUCGCGGGGGCCACCAUACACGACUGCUUUAACUGGUUGUCAGUUCUGGUGCUGCUGCCCCUGGAGGCUGCCACGGGGUACCUGCACCACAUCACUCGACUUGUGGUGGCCUCCUUCAACAUUCGCGGCGGCCGCGAUGCCCCUGACCUGCUCAAGAUCAUCACAGAGCCCUUCACUAAGCUCAUCAUCCAGCUGGACAAGUCUGUGAUUACCAGCCUUGCCUCCGGGGACGAGUCCCUGAGAAAUCACAGCCUCAUCCGUGUCUGGUGUUACCCAGAUCCCACAGAGGUUCCCACUCCUAUGCCCAGGGCAGAGGCCAACACCAGCUGGAUGGUCAGAAAUGCCACCCUGGAGAAGUGCAACCACAUCUUUGUGGACACGGGGCUGCCUGACCUGGCUGUGGGGCUCAUCCUGCUGGCUGGCUCCCUGGCCCUCCUGUGCACCUGUCUCAUCCUCCUUGUCAAGAUGCUCAACUCUCUGCUCAAGGGCCAGGUGGCCAAGGUCAUUCAGAAGGUUAUCAACACUGACUUUCCCAGCCCCUUCACCUGGGCCACAGGCUACUUUGCCAUGGUGGUAGGGGCCAGCAUGACCUUUGUCGUCCAGAGCAGCUCUGUGUUCACCUCAGCCAUCACCCCACUCAUCGGCCUCGGUGUGAUCAGCAUUGAGCGCGCCUACCCGCUCACCCUGGGCUCCAACAUCGGUACCACCACCACGGCCAUACUGGCUGCCCUGGCCAGCCCCCGGGAGAAGCUAUCCAGCGCUUUCCAGAUUGCCCUCUGCCACUUCUUCUUCAACAUCUCUGGCAUCCUGCUGUGGUACCCCGUGCCCUGCACGCGCCUGCCUAUCCGCAUGGCCAAGGCUUUGGGCAAACGCACAGCCAAGUAUCGCUGGUUCGCCGUCCUCUACCUCCUCCUGUGCUUCCUGCUGCUGCCCUCGAUGGUGUUUGGGCUCUCCAUGGCAGGCUGGCGGGCAAUGGUAGGUGUGGGCGCACCCUUCGGGGCCCUGCUGGCCUUCGUGGUGCUUGUCAGCGCGCUGCAGAGUCGCAGCCCGGGGUGCCUGCCCAAGUGGCUGCAGACUUGGGACUUCCUGCCCCCAUGGAUGCACUCCCUGAAGCCCCUGGACCGCCUCAUCACCCGCGCCACCCUGUGCUGCGCCAGGCCCGAGCCCCGCUCACCCCCACUACCCGCCAGGGUCUUCCUGGAGGAACUGCCCCCUGCCACACCCUCCCCCCGCCUUGCCAUGCCCCAUCACCACAAUGCCACCCGUCUCUAG